AUGCGAGCGUGGUUAUUAGUUGCAACAAUUCCAAUUCUUUCAUUCAUUUUUCCAUUUUUACUUUACAUUUAUCCAUCAUUUUCUCAUUUACUUUUCUUUGGUCAUUAUAUACAGGAUUACGAUGAUUUUAAUUUAUUGAAAGGUGUUAUUUCAUAUGGACGAAAUUUUUAUUUAAAUGGUGAAGCAGGACGUUUAGGAUGUUGGCAUAUAUUACCGAAAACAUUGUCUGAAAAGGUAAAGCAGAAAAGUUUAUCAAAUGAAGAAAUGGAAAAAUUGUUAGCUCUCGAAAAUUAUACAAUCAUUGUUUAUUUACAUGGCAGUACUCAUAGUCGACAAUGGUCUAAUCGAGUGGACACAUACAAUGUUUUAUCUGAAAUGGAUUUUCAUGUACUUUGCUUAGAUUAUAGAGGAUUUGGUGAUUCAAGUGGCUAUCCAAAUGAAACCGGAAUUAUUACUGAUUCCGUAUUUUUAUUUAAUUAUACAAAAAAAUUAGCCGGUGAAAAUGAUAUUUUUAUAUGGGGACAUUCAAUGGGAAGUGGAGUUUCAAUCGCAGUAACAAUGGAAUUAAGUAUGAAGCAUAUGCCACCUGCAGGUUUAAUUUUGGAAGCACCGUUUAAUAAUGCCAUUGAUCUUAUCACACAAUCAUCGGAAUCAAUAGCAUGGCGUUGGGCACCAUGGUUUAAUAUUUUUAUCAAACAAUCAGUUUCAAACGCUGGCAUUCAUUUCAAUUCUGAUAUAAAUAUUAAAUUGGUCACGUGUCCCAUAUUAAUAAUGCACGUUGUUGAUGAUGAAGUAAUAUCAAUAUCAUUAGCUAAAAAAUUAUAUAAUGCAGCAUUAUCAGCAAAUCGUAACAUUCGAUUUAUUUCAUUUGCUGGCGGACGUGGACUAUUUCAUAAACAUAUUAAUAAGGCACCAGAAUUACCAAUUAUUUUGAAGAAUUUUAUUCAUUAUUGCAUUGGAAAAUAA